AUGUCUGCUGGGCCAGAUGAUUCAUUAGAAAGUGGGGUGCAGGAAGACACAGUGGGUAGUGAGGAGCUCUUUGAACCCCCAAGUAGAAGUGAGGAUCUUGUCGGGGAUGUUGAAGACCCCCAAAAUGACUCCAUGCUCCUCCUGCAGCAGCUGCAGGAGCUGCAGGAGGAGAACCACCGGGCGAGGCGGCGCAACAUGGAACUCCAGGCCCAGCUGGCGUUCUACUUCAACGGGAAGACCCCCGGAGAUGAAGAAGAGGACCCCGACCCGGACACGCAGGAGUACGAGGAGUGCCUGCAACGUCUGGUGGCUCUGAGGAGCCAGAAGGCCUCCCAGUUGGAGAGCGCUCGGCAGCAGGAGGAGAAGCUGAGACUGCGCGACCAAGAGGAGCUCAAUCAGGUGGAGGGCGAAUGGCGAUCCCUGUUGACUUUGAAGAGGAAGCUCGCAGUCUCGCUGCUAAGCGGACAUUUGUCUCCAGAGGCGGCCCGGGCCGAGGUGGAGGCCACGCUAGGGGCCGAGCGGCUCGCUCGUCACGAACUGAGGAAGCUGCGUCUGAAGCACGCCGGGAUGGAGAGCAGGGUGGGCCGUCUGGAGGCCCAGCUCGGAGAGGAGGAGAAGGACAAGGCCCGGGAUCUCCUGCGCCUCCAGUUUGAGCAGAUGUUGGCCCAGAGGACGCGGCAAAGGAAAGUCGACGAGCGGAGGAGUCAAGAGGCCUCCGAGCUCCGGAAGAACAUGAAGCGCACCUUGGAGUUGCUGUCAAACACGAAGGAGAAGCUGCACUGGAGUCAGACGGAGGUCCAGGCCAAGCGGGAGCUGCUGGCCCAGCUGGAGGCCACGCUGACCUCCAGCAGGGACCCGCUGGCCCAGACCCGGCGGGCCUUCGCCGGCCUGCAAAGGGACAACGCGGAGCUGAGGCGGACGCGGGGACUGCUGGGGAACACGCUUCUCUUGCGGGACUUUGGCGUCACCGCGGCCGCCGCCGAACGACUGCAGGAGACGCUGGCGAAGCUCAAACGUCGGCGGGGAGAAAUUGCUUCGUCGCGAUCGAGUCGGUUUGAUUCAUGAGUCGCUGGAGUAACGUGUUUUUGAACUAGGAAAAUAGUAUGAAUAGAAUAGAAUGUAAAGAAUCAAUCAGUUUUACACCUAUACAUGGAGACGGUCACAAUUCCUCAGUAACCUGCAGUAAGGGUGCUUGUUUUUUCACAAAGAAUAAAAUAUUUCUCUAAGUAUUG